AUGCGCCGUCCGACGGAGACCCGCGUGGCGCCUGGGGAGAAAGGGCGGCGGCCCCUCGGCCCUGCCGGCUUGGCCGGGGGCCCCGAGGUGCUGCCUCCCGAGGAGUCGGAGGGCUGCGCCCGGCCCCCGGAGACGGCCCCCAAGAAACUCUGCGGAUACUUAAGCAAGUUUGGCGGCAAGGGGCCCAUCCGGGGCUGGAAGUCCCGCUGGUUCUUCUACGACGAGAGGAAAUGUCACCUGUAUUACUCGCGGACCGCGCAGGAUGCCAACCCCCUGGACAGCAUCGACCUCGCCAGUGCGAUCUUCGACUGCAAGGCGGACGCCGAGGAGGGAACUUUCGAAAUCAAGACUCCCGGCCGGAUUAUUACCCUGAAGGCCGCCAACAAGCAAGUGAUGCUGUACUGGCUGCAGCAGCUGCAGAUGAAGCGCUGGGAGUUCCACAACAGCCUGCCUGCACCUCCUGUCGUCCCUGACGCUGCCCUGGCUGGGAAUGAGCCUGCCCUGCGCCUUGAGCUAGAGCAAGAGGAGGCGGAGCUGGAGGAGUUCCUGCGCCCUGUGAAAACGCCCCCUGGACUUGUGGGUAUGGCAGCCGCCUUGCUGCCAGCCCCAGCCAUGCCCUUGGCCCUUCAGAAUAUUUCUCUCAAGCACCUGGGAACCGAAAUACAAAACACGAUGUACAACAUCCGAGGCAACAGGCAGGCCCAAGGAACAGGCCAUGGACCUCCAGGGGAAGAUCCUCUACCGAGCAGCGAGCCUCAGAGGGAGGAGCGGCCCUCAUCCCCUGACCCCAGUGCCCCAGGGAAAGAUCCAGGGGAGACUCUGAAGCCUGCACCCAAAUCCUCUCUGACUGCCAAUCUCAUUCAGAAAGCCAAGCGCCAGAACAACACCUUCCCGCUCUUUGCUGAGGGACUCACACGGAACCGAACUGCCCAGGAGAGAGCCUUGGCCUUGGAGCAACAGGUUCUGAUGCUUACCAAGGAGUUAAAGUCUCAGAAGGAGCUGGUGAGGAUCCUGCACAAAGCUCUGGAGGCCGCACAGCAGGAGAAGAGGGCAACCAGCGCCUACCUGGCAGCGGCGGAGGACAAGGACCGGCUGGAGCUGGUGCGGCACAAAGUGCGGCAGAUCGCGGAGCUGGGCAGGCGGGUGGAGGCCCUGGAACAGGAGCGGGAGAGCCUGGCACAGACGGCGAGCCUACACGAGCAGCAGGUGCAGGAGCUGCAGCAGCACGUGCAGCUGCUCAUGGACAAGAACCAGGCCAAACAGCAGGUCAUCUGCAAGCUGUCUGAGAAGGUCACCCAGGACUUCAUACAUCCCCCUAACCCACUCCUUGUGCCUCCAGACGCUGCCAACAGGGACUUCCUGAGCCAACAGGAAAAGAUGGAGCAUCUGAAGUUCUGAGCCAAGAAGAACACUUCAGGGAAGGGCGAUGAGCUGAAUGGAAACACUCCACCCCACACCCACAGCUGUUCCAGGAGUGCUCAAC